UUUCCGUUAGAAGAUUCGAAUUCAGACUUGCAGAAAACCCCUGAUAGUGACUCUGACAGCGGACAGGGCAGCUGUGAGACAGCCUCUCCAGGUCGCUUCAGCAAGGGGAUAGCGUCUCUUGAUGAUAGAGAUUCAGAAGAAGAGAUUUUUGUACGUAAAAAAGCAAAAGCAAAAAGCAAGAAGGUGCUUCAGGACAGCGAGAGCGAAGAUGGAGAGGAUGGUGGCUCUUAUGUGCAGAACAAUACUCCGGGUGGAGACAAGGAAAAUGGAGAGGAAAAAGAGAAUGUUACUGCCCAGAGGAACAGGAAAUCUCAUCGGAUUCGCCAGGGUCUGCUAGACAGUGAUGACAGUGACACUGCUGACCAAUUGCAGAUUGAAAACCUUGAAACAAGCAAAAAGUCUGGCUUGCCUGAGAGUGAGUUGGAAGAGGAGAGACCCCUAAAAUCUGGGAAGAAGUACAGAGAACAUAAACAUGAUUUUGAAGAAGAGACAGCAAAAAAAGCUGUAGGAAAAUCAAGAAGAAGAAAGGAGAAGGAGAGAAGAAUUGAGUCCAUUAAACAGCUGAAAAAAGAAAAGAAGCCUAGAGCGGAGGGCAAGCAGGUCGAUGGUGGUGAGAGGUAUCCUUUUAAUGACAGUGGAUGUCUUCUUGAUGACAAAGAACUUUUUGAUAAUGGCUUAGAAGAGGAAGACGAUUACCCCCCAGAGGAUGAAGAGUCAAUAGAAUCAAUACGAGCAGCAGUGAAAAACAAAAUAAAAAAAUAUAAGAACAAAGAACGGUUUUCUGAGGGCGAAGGCUACAAACACGUAUUUGAUGAUGAGAAUGAGGAACCUGUAUUAAAAGAACCAAAAAGGAAGGAGCGGAAAGCAGCAAGGUUAAGUAAAGAAGCCAUUAAACAACUACAUAGUGAGACCCAACGACUUAUUAGAGAAUCGUCUGUGUCUCUCCCGUAUCAUGUGCCUGAAACCAAAAGCAUUCACGACUUCUUCAAGCGUAGACCUCGACCAGUAUGUCAAGGAAAUGCCAUGGCAUUGCUGAAGUCUGCUAAAUACCAGCUAUCCCUAAAUGAAGAAUCUGCAGACACUAAGAACUUGAACACGGAUUGCAAAGAUGGGCGAAUCGAAGGUGAUCAAUCAGCAGCUAAUGAACCAGAAACUAGCCUUGGCAGAGAUGUUGAUACUACUGUGAACAAGCCUCUUGCUGAUGCAGGGAAGAACUUGACAGAAGACUGUGCUGAAAAGCCCAGGCAGGACAGUGAUGAUUCUGUUACAGUUAGGACUGUAACAACUGAUAGUAAUACAGGAGAACAGCAGCACUCUAACUUCCUAAGCACUGACUGUGGUGAGCAAAACGAGAAUGAAAUUCCUCUAGCAGUUGGAGGAGAUGCCUGUGAGCGAGGAGAUGCCUGUGAGCAAGGAGAUGAAACAGCACCAGACUUAGAAUGUGAAAAAAGCAAUCAACAAGUGGGGCCUGGAUUGGUGGCACAACCUGAAAAAGUGAGGAAGUCCAAGUUGGAUAAACUUCGUGAACUGGGAAUAGACCUGUCCAUCAAGCCAAGAAUCUGCUCUGGCAAUGAAUCCUUUAUAAAUCUCGAUGAAUCCGAUUCAAAUAAAGGUAUUGCUUUUAUUGUUGUAAUCCUGUCAGAUCUGUCCAA